AUGAAUUUGAUCAGAUUAGCGUUGGAGGAGGUUAAAUUCCUUCAGAGGCAGAGGGAGAGAAAAUCCGGAAUACCGGCUUUACUCAUAGCCACGCAGGCUGCCGCCACUGCAGGUGGUACUGAAGCAAACAAUGCUAGUACAAGCAGUUUGGGUCGCAAAGUCAAUGACAAGAAUGAAGGGGAUGGGGAGAAGGAUGACUUGGUUUUGCAGGACAUCUUUGCUCAGGAAACUGUUGUCAUGGUCGAAGACCCCAAUAUGAUCAAGAUUCAAAAUGGAAUUAAACUUAUAGUGGACGUUCUUGGUUCGUUGGAUGGUGUCGAUGGGAGUAAGAAGUAUCUUGAAACUGAUGGCGGUGAAAGCUCUUUUGUAGAGAAUGCAGGAGGCUUAAAUAUUGCAUGUGUUCUAGAUAUCAUGGGUCAAGAUUAUAAAGAAGGGAAGGAUGGUCAAGUGGUGGAGAAACAUGAACAUAGUUUUUGA